AUGGACUUCUCCCAUCAGUACUUCGCGCAAACGCAGCCCUACCAGUUCAUGGGCAUCCCGCCCCUCACGCCAUCCCAUUCCAAUUCCGCAGGUUCAGACGACUUCAACACGACAUCUCCACCAGACGUCUACGCCGCCGAAUUUCCAAACGACCACCACUUCGCCUCUUUUGAUAACUAUCCUCCCGCCCAGUUUAACCACCAGCACACUUCUUUCCCUGGUCCUCCCGGCCCUCCUACUCCGCCAAAUCAUGGCCUGCCCGUCCAGCAGCCCGUCCAGUCGCAGCCUCAGCCGCCACAGCACAAUGGAAUGAGCGCUCCUCCCGUUCACCAGAUCAAGCCCCAGCCCGAUGCUGUCGCCCACAAGCAGGAGCCCCUAGACGAUCAUUCUCGUCGGGGCCAGUCCAACUCGGACGACGAAGACCUGACGCCCGCCCAGUCGAGGAGGAAGGCCCAAAACCGCGCCGCACAACGCGCAUUCCGGGAACGGAAGGAGAGGCACGUCAAGGAUCUGGAAGCGAAGCUCGCGGACCUCGAGGCCGAAGCACAGCAAAAGUCGACGGAAAACGAACGGCUCAAGCGAGAAAUGCAAAAGAUCAGCACCGAGAACGAGAUCCUACGUGCCACCUCGUCGAUGAACGGCCACCACAGCUCAGCGUCCCCCGAGCCGCGGAUGACAGGCCCUAUGCACUACAAUCCCAAAGACUUCUACACGGACCUGCUCGCGCCGCACAACAACAAGACGCCUAGCCACCGAGUCGCUAUUUCGUCCGACGGAGAACGCUUGCUCGCCGCUGGCGCUACGUGGGAUUUCAUCAUCAGCCACCCACUCUUCAAGAGAGGCAUGGUGGAUGUGGGCGACGUGAGCGAGCGGCUGAAGAACCAGGCACGGUGCGACGGCCAGGGCCCGGUCUUUUCGGAGCGCUGCAUCCUGGAGGCCAUCCAAGGCAGCGUCGCCAGCGGAAGUGACGAGCUGCUCUAG